GUUGACAUGACUUUGACUUAAUAGACAAGUAAAGUUAAAAUAAAAAUAGUAACAAAAUUUAUUUAUUUCUUUAGUUUUUUAAUAAUCCUAUUUUUCUUUGUAAAAAAAAAGAACAAAUUAGCCAAAAAUAUAUAUUCAGAUUUAUACUAAGUAAGCCUCAACUCAACUGUCGUAAUGCUCAUAUCAGUUUGUUAAAAGGAGAUUGCAUGUUCUCAUUGAUUAUGAUGAAGGAUUUUUGAAAAAAGUGUAUUCGUUUCAAGGAUUUUCCGGAAGCUUUGCCAAAUCACUAGUUUUGUAUUAGCACCAACAUACUAUCAGAUUCUGUUAACUGAAGGUACUUGAAGAGUUUUGUGUAAAAUGGCCAACAAAUGCAAGGAAUGUGGUUGUUUUUGUAAAAAAUGUCUGGCUACCGAUCACGAUGUCCAGCUUCACGUUGAGAUCGAAAAUCUCAAACAAAAAAUGUUAGAAAAGGAAAAUCAUAUUGUCAUGAUGGAAACAAAUUUUUUAAAUGAGGCCAACAAAUUUCCCAGUGGAGAAUUCGUUGCGUUGAGAGAGGAAUUGCUGACGUGGCAGGACAAAUACAAAAGAUUAUACGAAGCCCACAGACGAGUCCAAAGAGUCAAUCAAGGUUUAGAAGACAAACUAUUGAAACUGGUAGAUGUGUGUGAAACAGACAAAAAUACUUUGACCAAAGAUGUGGCCAUUUUGUCUCACAAACUAGCGGAGGCCAAUUAUGCCAUUAAAAAACUGACCGAAGACAAUGAAAGGUACAAAAACGAUGUGAACUUGGCUAUACAGUUUUUGCAGUGCAAACAGACCAAUUUUGUGGCGCACCGGUUCGAUUCCUUACCAUCAGAGGUACAGACUCAAGUUGCUGCUUACAUGACCAACAAAAGAAAACCCCUCGAAGAGCCAAAAAGGGCACCGAUGGAACCGAAAAGCAUCAAAGUGCCAAUUCCCACGUUUCCUCCUACUGCUAUGGUUUAUUCUGUGCCAAAAUCGCCAAAAGAUCGAGCUGCUGUUGAGGGUGGCAGACGGCAACAAGGUGAUGAAGGCACCCAAACCGGCAACGCCUCACACAAAUCCAACCUGUGUCUCAAAUGUAACGAUGUCAUCACUUCACUGACUCAACCGACGGCGCUGCAAAUAAUUAAACCAAUCGACGAUAAAAAAUUACCACCCUAUCCAAAUCUGGUUGUUGCGCCAUUGGUCGAAACAUCCGCCAAUCAGAAUCCCCCUCAGAAUGUUGUCAAGGUGCAGCCGAAUAAUUUUUUAAUUGAAAAAGCGCUCUCGGAAAAAAGUGAGCAGAAAGAUAUGAUUGAUUUUAAUGAUAUCACAGUGGUAGAGAUUAAUGAGAAGGCGACGGUGCAUCAUAAGCUGUGCGAUCAGAAGGUGCAGAGUUUUAAUGUUGAUUUGUUGGAGGUGGAUGAUGGAGGUGAGGAGAAGCGGGAUUUGGAGAAAAGGCUUCAAGAAACCCCCUCGAACGACCAACAAGAUACCCCCAAGGGCCCACGUUACGCUUCGCUACGCCUGCAAACCGGUUCAAAGAAUAUUUUGCUCGACAAUGCCCACAAUAACAUAGCUCCAGUAUUGUAUACCAGAACCCACAAUAAUCCAUCUUCACAGGUUUCCCAUCAACAAAAUUUCCAUUUACUUGCUCAAGUUGGGAAACUAGAGAUGUCCAAUAAUGAAUUGAUUACUCCUGAUAAUAUGGCUGAUAGUAGUUUUUGGGUGAAAGAUCUCUCCCUUUUCAAAGGCUUUCACUUUGGAAUUUCAGCAGCCUUUUUCACAAAAAAAUCGUGGACACACAGGCAGAGCGAUCGUGGCUAUAAAUUUUUUGCUGAGGGGUAUAUUCAUGAUGUGUUCAUACACAAGAAUGAGUGUACCAUCAAGGCGAAAUGCUAUAGGAGCCAGAAGAAGAAUGAGAAGCCGCAUAGCCUUCAUUUAAAAUUUGCAUCAGUGGACCUUAUGGUGGAAGCUCACUGUACAUGUGAGGCGGGGAACUCCGAAUCUUGCAACCACGUUGUUGGGCUGGCUUACUUUCUGCAGCAUUUAAUUUUGAAUGGCUUUAAAGAAGUCCCAGAAAGUGCAUCAUGCACUUCAAUCCCAAUGGAAUGGAAUAAGCCAAGAGGGAACAAAAUAACUGCAGAAAAAAUACCUGAAAGUGUUUUUAUUGACCCAAACAACAUAAAAAGGACAAAAAAACCAGUUAUUUGUCAAAUAAAAAACCCCAUAAGGAAUGAUGAGUUGAAGAAAAUCAACCAAGCUAGUAUCACAAACCUAAAAACUGUUUUAAAAGAAAUUAACCCGUCCAUACCAUUUGCUAGUACACUAUGUACUGAAAACAUGGCAAAUGAUAGAACAAUACUUCUACAAAAUGGAAUAAAUGUGCCAGCAUCCUCGCUAUUGGGACAUAUGGCUCGUGCUGGGACCAAAAAUGUUGCUGCUACAACAGGUCUUGAGAGGGAUGAACACCUGGACGAUCUACCUAUAGCAUUGCCAUUAGAUGAUAAAGAAAUGGUUGACAUCCUAAUAAGUUUGGCGCCAGUCCACCACGCCUCAUUACAACCAAUUUCUAUGGAGCAAGCAGCAGAAAUAGAGAAAAAGACAAGAACGCAGAACCAGAACGACCUUUGGAAAGAUCUUCGUAAAUUUCGGUUUACCGCCUCAAAAUUUGGUUUUGUUUGUAGAAGAAAACUUUUUAAUGACGAAUUUAUAAAACCAUUUAUUACUGCUCAAAAAAAUCAACCAGAAUCUUCCAAACUUCCAAUUGAAACCUCCUCAGCUUCCAGCUUACAAAGCAAACGACGCAUGAGCGUCGUCAGCGAGAAUUCCACUCAGCACCAGCAGCGCAUCAACGAUUGGGUACAGAUUACAGUUGAAAACGACAACGUAAGCAGCCCGGACAAUUCCAGAACGGAAGACUUGAAAAUCGACCCGCAAAAAGACAAAGCCAGGUUCGCAGAAAUGGAAGAAAACGUGAAACGAUUCCUGUUUGGCGAAAGCGAUUUUUGGAAAACCGUGGAAAUCGGAAAGCUAAAGUACCAGAGCUAUCAAGAGGGCGAAAAGAAGCCGAAACUAGGAUCUAGAGAGGGCCCUAAAUUUCAUUGUCCAGCCUAA